AUGUAACGAAAGGACGUUGGAAAGUGACGAGGCCAGUUUAACCGAAGUCAUUCUACUAUAGCCUACUCAGAUGUGGACAUGUUUUAGUGAAACAAACAUUACACUGUGGAUAUACAGGAUUAUUGAAUUGAACUUGAAUAGAAUCAUUUAAGUAAUAGAAAACUUUUAGUUUCAAACUUUUUUAAUAGUGGGACUAUUGUUUUAAACAUCCCAAGGCACACAGGUACUGGCCAAGAGAAAGUGACUACCGAAUGCGCGCCCUUUUCAGUGUCUGGGAGUAAUUUCUGCUUGGUGUAAAUAACGGACAAGCGCGUCAUUUCACUUGCGAAUCAUAUUAGCCUAUUGAGGUUGUUUUUUUCAUCCUGGGGGACCACUCACAGAGACACAGCAGCUGUGGGACCAUGCUACAAAAUGGUAUUGGUAAGGAGAAACCUUCGGAACUGCCGAAGCUGCCAGAACCAGACUUCCCAUCAGAACCUUCAACCCAGCCAGCCCCCAUUGACAGCGCAGUGCGUACGGCACAGGACACGGAUUCCACGCACUUCCCCUUGCCGGAGUUCCCCAAAUUGGAGAUAAAGCGUAACGCGGUGACAGACGAUUAUAAGAUAUCUAGUCAGGUCCUUGGGUUUGGGAUCAAUGGGAAGGUUCUGGAAUGCACAAAUAAGAAGACGGGGGAGAAGUGCGCACUGAAGAUCCUCUAUGACAGUCCCAAGGCGAGGCAGGAGGUUGAGCUUCACUGGCGGGUGUCGGGGGGGCCUUACAUCGUUGGUAUUCUCAGUCUGUACGAGAACAUGCAUCGUGGGAAGAAGUGCCUGCUCAUCAUCAUGGAAUGUAUGCAAGGGGGAGAACUGUUCAGCCGGAUCCAGGCCAGAGGAGACCAAGCUUUCACUGAGAGAGAGGGCUCAGAGAUCAUGCGGGAUAUUGGCACGGCCAUCGAGUUUCUCCACAACAUGAACAUCGCACACAGAGACAUCAAGCCUGAGAACCUGCUGUAUACUCAUCAGAAGAGCAACGGUACUCUCAAACUGACAGACUUUGGCUUCGCUAAGGAGACCACUCUACACAACCUCCUGCAGACCCCCUGCUACACCCCUUACUAUGUGGCUCCUGAGGUUUUGGGCCCGGAGAAAUAUGACAAGUCAUGUGACAUGUGGUCUCUGGGCGUCAUCAUGUAUAUCCUGCUGUGUGGUUUCCCACCGUUCUACUCUAACACGGGCCAGGCCAUCUCUCCAGGGAUGAAACGGAGGAUCAGGAUGGGCCAGUACGAGUUCCCCAAACCUGAGUGGGCUGAGGUGUCAGAGGAAGCCAAACAGUUGAUCCAUCAGCUGCUAAAGACAGACCCCAAUGACAGAAUGACCAUCACACAGUUUAUGAACCACCCCUGGAUCAAUCAGUCCAUGGUUGUUCCCUCCACACCGCUCCACACCACACGGGUCCUGACUGAGGACAGAGAGAUGUGGGAUGACGUGAAGGAGGAGAUGACCAGUGCUCUGGCCACCAUGCGUGUGGACUAUGGCCAGGUGAAGAUCAAAGACCUGGACACCUCCAGCAACCCACUGCUCAACAAGAGACGCAAGAAGGCCGCUGCCGGGGGCAAAUUGGGAGGCAGCGUCUGCAACAGCCAGUGAAAGACGAGGUGGGAGGGAAGCCACAGCCAGAACAGAAAGGGAAGCCCAGAGGACACACCUGGACCAGCUGGGAGGGGAAAAGGCUGUGGGAGGUCUGGGCAGAAACAUGCAGAAGAGAUUUAUCAGGGGGAGUGUGUUAGGAAACAGCAGGGAAAUGUUAUUUGGAGAUUCUCAGCAAUCAGUCGAAUUGAAGGACAUAUGAAGUGAUGACAAUGUAUUUAACACUUAUCAGCCAAGAUGAGCAGGCCUUCAUACUGUAGGCCUUCCAUACGUUUUUAAUUUGAUGGUGUGUUAGUGUGUGUGUUAUUUUGAAAGGUCAUUCAGGAUCUGCUCUUUAUAAGUUCCUGUAUGUUUGUUGUGUGUGUGCCUGUGUGUUUAUGUGUGUUGUAACCAAUGUUCCCUCUAAAAAUGCUCAGCACUGAGCAAAUUUCAGGUCUGCUGAACACAAACUUGAACGUUGUGAAAAUUCUGUGCAACUUCCAGUGUGCGUUUACUGUGAACACUUGGGCUGUACCCGCUUUCAUUUACAGUUAACAGUGGCCAAGUCAUCUACUGUGGCUAUGUGGUCAUAAUGUAGGCCUACCAGAGUGGCCUACCAUCAAAAACAAUGGAGAAAAUGCAUCCCAUAACAUUUUAACAUGAAAAUAGCUGUUCUAUCAUUCAGCCUGCAGUAGCAGCCAAUGUGUGGUGUUCAAUGUACGCCAACAUUCCAUGAGACUUUUGAAAAAAAACAUACAGGGCCUGACAUUAACCUGUUUAUCCACUUGUUCUUCAGACAAGGAGGUGACUGAAAAUGUAAUGUUGUUUGAUGCAAGAAACUGCUUUACAAAAUAAAAUGCAUUAUUAUUCCCAUA